GCUAGACUUCAUGAGUAAAGGAAAAUGAGAAAAAAAUGCUGUUUGCAAUAAAAGAUAAAAAAAAUAGAGAGAAAAAAAAGAAUUUGAAAAUGGCACGAGUAAAGAAACAUUAGAUUUGUUUCCCUAAUAGAUGCAAGCUGUGCCCUGAUGCUGCAAGUCAAACAAAUACGGGACCUCUAUACUUCGACUAAGUAAACGUUUGUAUUGUAUUGAGCGUUGUUAAGCAGAUGAAAACGAAAUAGAACUCAUUUAAAGGCUUUAGGUAUAUCAUUAAAAGAAAUUAUAUAUAUUGGCCAUGAGUGAAAGCUUUUAUAUAGCAAGACGGAAAAGAGAAAAACCUGGUCUUACUCUAUAAUCAUUGGCCCUCCAACUAAUCAUGUGACCAGGGAGGACAUCAUCAACUCUACGAUGGGACAACAUGUGCCAGACUUCAAAAUGGAAAAAAUCAUCAACAUCUAAAAAUAAAAAACUUUACCGGACUGUUAUGCCAUUUAAGACUUCCCUUUCUCCUUAUAUAAAUAAUAACAGUUGUUACGCCACUGCAUCUCCAGAUUUGGUGGCAAAGGGUUUCGAUGGGGGUGGUUCAGGGGACCAAAAUGACCACCCCCACGAUGAAGAUAGCUCAGGUAAUUCUCAAGUCAUCCUAGACAUUGAGGACACAAGUAAUCACGAUGAAGGCUCUCAACUAGACGAGGAACAACAAAAACUCCUACUGUUGUCUAGAAGUUUAUGCCAAGAACAGAAUAGUCCACCUGUUGCUCCUUCAACUUAUACUUCAGCUUUCACUUCAAUAAAACUUUUCAACCCCUUUCAGGGGAGGCUACAAAACCUGUCCCCCUUUUCACCGCAACUAGAAGAGGAAGAAACCCCCCGUGAGGACAAGAGUCCUUCAUUUGAUAAUGUUGAAUAUUUGAAUUAUAGAGAGGAUAAAUCAAGAAAUGUGUCAAGUGAGGAUCAAAAACUUUUUCCUUCUAGAGAGGAUGCGGAGGAUAUGUUUGUAAAUAAACCAAUUUAUCCUUGGAUGGUUGAUUCAAGACAUAAUACAAAAAAUAGACAGUCUCAAGUAUAUGAAAGCAGUAAAGAUCAAUUUAGUCAAUAUUUAGGAGACCAGCCAGCGAAGCGUGCAAGAACAGCUUACACCAGUGCCCAAUUGGUGGAACUAGAGAAAGAAUUUCACUUUAAUCGCUACCUAUGCAGACCAAGGAGAAUUGAAAUGGCAUCUUUACUUAACCUAACAGAGCGUCAGAUCAAAAUAUGGUUCCAAAACCGUCGCAUGAAGUACAAAAAAGAACAAAAAUCAAAAGGUAUUUUUUGCCAGGCUGUGGACAAGGAAACUCCAUGUUCCGGUGGGAGUUUACCUGGCUCAUCUCCAAUAACACAUUCACCUACAUCUCCGAAUACAGCUUCGAAUUCUAAUUGUAACUUGUCUAAUUCCGGAACUCAAGCAGCUGCUUUGGAUAGUACUAAUCAGUCAUUUACAGCAUAUGGAUUAGAUUGUUCACCAAGCAACACAGGGGUUUUGGAAUCUUGUUCACUUCGAACUCAUUCCGAUCCACUUUUAAGUUCACCCAUUAAGGCAUCAGUUUCCCAAGCUUCAAAUUUUCUAAGCAAUAAACCAUUUAAUACGUCAAGUAAUAAUCGACCAGUGCAACCAUACCAGAAUCUCUUUUCUGAUGCAAAUCUACAGCAUCGCCAUUUGCAACAAGAAUUAUGUUUCGUUCAAAAUGAGAAGAAGAGUGUCAUGUCAUCCCCCUCGGCAUCCUCAACACCAUCUCAAAGUGUCUCUACGCCACCAUCUCCUUCAUCACCAUUUCAACUUAAUUUCCAACCUGUCACUGCAGAUUCACCGAUGAAUGUACCAUUCAUGUCAGACAUGGAUUCUGGCACGAAAAACAACGCUUUUUAUUACAAUUCAGGCAUGGCUUCGAGAUUUGUGGUGCAACCACACUCUGCUUGGGAUCAAAGUGGUGUAGGCAUGCAACUUCAGAAUAAUAUUCAGAGUUCUAUGGGGCUACUUUGUACAGCGGUGGAUUAUUCAGCAACGAACAAUGUUCGAGCUAUCGUUAAUAAUUCCGCGUAUCAAGCUCAGUUGCAUUCUGGAUCCUAUUACUAUCCGCAUCCACAACAAAUGAUAGCAAGCAGUCCAAUGACACAUGAAUGGCUCGUGCAAUCUCAAGAAGCUAGUAGAGGUCAAAAAUAUGCUUUUCCAUCUACGUCCCCUAAACUUGCUCAUUUAUGAAGGAACAUUCAUAGAUAAUGCGAAUCAAAAUAGCUGUUCAAGAUAUUAUAUCCCUUGAAUUUGAGCUCAUAUUUUAAAUGGAAACCAUCUAGUAAUAUUUCAUAAUGUUUAGACAUCUACGUGGUAGACUUCUACUUGCAUUUUAUGCUAAAUUUUAGUGUGUUUUAAAAAGAAUAAAAAAAUUAAACGAUUCUUUUUGAGUAAUGAUAAUCCAUAGUUGCUAUGUAUUACAACUAUGCCAAUUAUUAAAAUAUAUACAUAUAUAUAUAAUUUGUGACACUAUAUCUUUACCAAAGAUGAAUCAUCUCAGGGCCACUGAAAAGGUUCUAUGAAUAAUUAAAUUUUAAAAAAAAUAUUUAAUCAAAAACAAGAUCAAAGUAUCUAUAUAAAUUAUAUUAUAUGCAUUAAUAAACUAUAUAAAUAUAUCUAUAUUUAAAAAAGAACUUAUAUGUAUUAACUUAAUUUUUAAUUGCAUAAUAUUUGUAUAUUUUAUAAUUUAAUUUAGACAUAACUAUAAAAAUUAGCAAUGAUGGAGCUAUUUUGGUGAGCCAAAGAUAUUAUAUUUACAUAAAUUUCAUCGGUAGCAUUUGGUUUUGUGAAAAAUGUGAAAAACUGUGGGCUCAGGUAAUGUUUUGUAUGUGGUUGGUGUACAGUUUAAAAAUGACUGAAAUGUGGUUUGAUAUAAUAAUAAAACUUUUUGUAACAUAAAA